GUUUCCACCGUGCGAUGGUGCGCACAAUGACGGCGGCUCUGCGGAUCCCUCACUUCGGGUACUCUGACGAGGUGGAGCUGAGCCGGCUGGCGGCGCUGAGGAAGGAGCUGAAGUCUCUGUGUGAGAGCCGGGGCGUCAGACUCAGCUUCAUGCCCUUCUUCAUCAAGGCUGCCUCCCUCGGCCUGCUUCACUUCCCCGUCCUCAACGCGUCGCUGGACGAGGGCUGCCAGAACAUCACCUACAAGGCGUCUCACAACAUCGGGCUGGCGAUGGACACGAGUCAGGGUCUGCUGGUUCCCAACGUGAAGAACGUGCAGCUGCUCAGCGUCUUCGAGAUCGCUCAGGAGUUGAACCGGCUGCAGGCACUCGGUACCGCCGGACAGCUGGGAACCAACGAGCUCACCGGAGGAACCUUCACUCUGUCCAACAUCGGAUCGAUCGGAGGAACGUACGCCAAACCCGUCAUUCUUCCUCCAGAAGUCGCCAUCGGAGCGCUGGGAAAAAUCCAGGUGCUGCCCCGGUUCGAUGCCGGCGGCCAGGUGGUCCCGGCUCACAUCAUGAACGUCAGCUGGUCGGCGGAUCACCGCAUCAUCGACGGCGCCACCAUGAGCCGGUUCUCCAACCUGUGGAAGGAGUACCUGGAGAACCCGGCCGCCAUGGUGCUGGACCUCAAAUAAAACAUAGAGCAUUAUUUCACAUCGGCCCCGGCGGCGUCUCCUCCUCCUCGCACCGCCUCGCCUCACCUUCCUGUCCGAGGCCUUCCUGUGCACUUGUUUCCUUGUUGCCUUUGAGCAAGGCGCCGUGGGGGAGGGGCCUGUUGUUCAUGAUGACGGCCAAUCACAAACAGCCGUGGGUUAAAAUCUGACAGUCAGCCGAUUUUAGCAUCAAAUUUCAACACUAACACACUCAGGGGGAAUUCACAAAGGAGGCUAGGCUAAUGCUAGGCUAAUGCUAGGCUAAUGCUAAACUAACUGCUCUACUCCAAAUUACAAUUUGGAAAUAUGCAGCUCUUUAUCUCUCUUGCAAAAACAGUUCAUUUCACACAGUAGCAGACUUACAUGCGUGUUUGUGUAUAAACGUUAACAUACAUGUAAAAUAUGAAGAUUGGUCUGACCCUGACAGCAGGGAUUGUAGCAGGUGACGCUCAAACUCUAUUAUUAUGGGAUGCAGUGAGGGUUGAGUCAUAUGAGAUGUACAUAUAUGAAAGCUCCCCUACAUAUCAGUUUCUAAUAUAUCAUUCAAAAAUACAUAGAAAUAGGAAAUAAAGUAAUAAUUUAUCUGUUUUUACAAAUCCUGGUCUUCCUUUUCCAAUCAGCAAUAAUUCAUGUUAAAUGUCUCUUUGCUGCAGUUAUCUGUGUUUGCGCUCUAAUAGGAAUUUAUUUAUCUGAUGUGAAGCGUAGCACGGCCACAGCCUCUCCUUGUGAAUUCUCCUCUCCGUUUCUUUUGAGUGUUUCUGUACAUUUCUAACAAAUCAUGUUUUUAUCAGUGCUGGGUUUUCUCUCUGCUUCAGAUACUGUAAAUAAUGCACCUGCUGUCCUCUGCUGUGCGUGAUGCAGACUGUUACAGAGAUAUAUAUAAUAUACAUGAAUAUAUAUUAUAUAUCUGGUUAGACGUGUCAGCAGCGGACCUGUCUCUCUUCCUGGCUGUCCCGGUGGCUGCUGGGUAAAAAGCACAUCGUCUGUGUUCAAAAAAACUUUUCCUGUUUUCUGUGUUUUUAGCUAAAUGUAAAAGUGUAAAAAACAACUAACUUAGGGUUAUUUUUUCUAUAUUUGUUUUGGUGCGUGUAGAUUAUUAUACUAAUGCAGUGUUGACCUGGUGAGGAACUUUGAAUAAAGCUGAAGUACACAAACU